AUGGAGCAAGCAGCAGAGCGAGAUCAGGCGCGUUGGGAUCAAGUGGACAACAAUUUUGAUCUCCUGUUCGCUCGCAUGGAGGACAUCCUCGGUACACAGAUCAAGUUGGAGGCACAACAAGAUUUGACAAACAAGGUGGUCGAGCAGAUGAUGAAGGACCGGCAGAUCCUGACCAAGCAGAUUGAGAACACCGGGCAAGCAUGGGCGAGGAUGACUUUGGACGCAACGCGUAGACCACAUCGGGAACCACCAAGUCCUACAGCUUCAGAAGCUUCGGCUGACAAUCCCUUCCACCAUGACUAUUCAGGUAUCCCACAUGUUCCCCAUCCCCACCGUCAAGACCGUGAAGCUAUGCAUUCAGGUGCGGCCGGGUCUCACAGAUUCAAGCCAGCAGUACCCAAGCUGUCCUUCCCUCGUUUUGAUGGUGUUAAUCCCACGAUCUGGAAAUCUAAAUGCCAAGAUUAUUUUUCUCUUUACAAUGUAUCUGAUGCUAUGAAGGCCACAUUUGCAUCUCUGUAUAUUGAUGAUAAUGCAGCUAAGUGGUUACAAGUAUACAAGAAACAGCAUGGCCUGGCUAAUUGGCCCACAUUCAUUGCUGCGGUAGAAGAGAAGUUUGGGGCUUCCAAUUACAGGGAUGCCAUGAAGGAGUUAUUGGAGCUCACUCAAACUUCCACAGUGGAGCAAUAUGCUGUUGCCUUUGAGAAUUUGCAGUAUGAGCUGUGUAUGCACAAUGAUGGAUUUGGGGAGUUGUUCUUUGUCUCUCAGUUUGUCAAGGGCCUCAGGUAUGACAUUGGAGCUAUAGUCCAGUCCCAGCUUCCUCAGACCGUGGACAGAGCAAUUUUGCUAGCCAAAGUACAACAACAAGUUCUGGAAAAGGGCAAGACUAGAAAUCAGAAACCUUCUGUUCCUCCUAGGCACCAGUCUUGGGCAGCUAAGCAGGAUUCUAAGUCCAGUACUCCUACCACACAACUGUCCAAGGAAAGACAAAUCCUCACCUACAGGAAAUCCAAAAACCUCUGCUACUAUUGUGGAGACAAAUAUGACCCUGCUCAUGCUGCUAUUUGCUCACAAAGACCCAAAGCUCAGGUCAAUGCACUGGUAGUGAAUGAUCUGGAUCUGCCCUUAUCUGAAGAGGUGAUUGCACAGUUGGAAUUAGAGGACUCUCUCACCAAUGAGUUUGGGCAGUUAUCACUGAAUGCCCUGGCAGGUACGGAUCAUGGUCAGACAUUGAAACUCAGAGCCAUGGUCAAGAACAAAGUUAUGCUCACCCUGGUAGAUAGUGGAAGUACACAUAGUUUUGUCAGCUCCCAAUUCUUGCAGCAGGUGGGCAUCACCCCAAGUCCAAUUGUUCCUACUUCAGUCAAACUGGCUAAUGGGCAAGUACUGAUCUCAGACCACUGGGUUCCACAAAUGUCAUGGUGGUGUGAUGGUUUCACUUUGCAAACGGAUAUGAAAGUGUUGGACAUAGGUGCUUUUGAUGCUAUACUGGGCUUUGAUUGGUUACAGCAUAACAGUCCUACGACUUGUGAUUGGGAGAACAAAACCCUUCAGUUCACAAAAGGAAAUCAUCAGAUCAAGUUGCAGGGCAUUAAAAUGCAGAAUCCUGAGAUUACCCACCUUCCAGCUGAUAGGUUAUACAAAUGGUGGAAGGGCAAUGACAUCUGGGCUUUGGUGAUGCUAGCUCCUGUGGACCAGCCUAGUAAUUCCAAUGUUUGUCCUCAAGUGGCACAGCUGUUGGACAAAUAUCAAGAUGUGUUCCUGGAUCCAAAGACAUUACCUCCUGAGAGAGCUUAUGAUCACACUAUACCAUUACUCCCUACUGCUAUCCCUGUUAAUGCUAGACCUUACAGGUACUCACCUUUACAUAAGGACGAGAUUGAGAGACAAGUCAGAGAAAUGUUGGCUGCUGGGUUGAUCAUUCCAAGUACAAGUCCAUUUGCAUCUCCUGUAUUGUUGAUCCAAAAGAAAGAUGGCAGUUGGAGGUUUUGUGUAGAUUACAGGAGACUGAAUGACAUUACCAUUAAGAACAGAUUUCCUAUGCCUCUCAUUGAAGAAAUCAUUGAAGAAUUGGCUGGUAGUGCUUACUUUACCAAGUUAGACAUGAAAUCUGGUUAUCACCAAGUAAGGAUGAAAAAAGAAGAUGAAUAUAAGACAGCUUUCAAAACACAUCAUGGUCAUUAUCAAUUCAAAGUCAUGCCAUUUGGGUUGACGAAUGCCCCUGCAACCUUCCAAUGCAUCAUGAAUGAAGUGCUGGCCCCUUUUCUCAGAAAAUUUGUUAUGGUCUUCCUACAUGAUAUAUUGAUUUACAAUCCAGAUUUGGAGACCCAUUUGGUUCAGCUGGACCAAGUGCUGUCCACUUUAAGAACCCACCACCUUUACAUGAAGAAAAGCAAAUGCUCUUUUACUCAGUUGCAAGUGGAAUACCUUGGACAUGUUAUUUCUGGUGCAGGAGUUGCUACUGUUGGUGAUAAAAUUGAAGCCAUGCUGAAAUGGCCUGUCCCACAAAAUGUUACUGAUGUGAGAGCUUUUCUGGGGUUAACUGGGUACUACAGAAGAUUUGUGAGGGGAUAUGGCAGCAUUGCUAAACCUUUGACUCAGUUAUUGAAGCACAAACAGUUUCAGUGGUCCUCUGAUGCCCAAGCUGCUUUUGUCCAGUUGAAACAAGCCAUGGUGACUGCACCUGUCCUAGCUUUGCCUAAUUUCAAGGAAAGUUUUAUGGUAGAGACAGAUGCUUCAGACAUAGGAAUUGGAGCUGUGCUUAUGCAGAAGGAUAGACCCAUUGCUUUCUUAAGUAAGGCUCUUGGUGACUCCCACAAGAGCAAGUCUAUAUAUGAGAAGGAGUUUCUGGCAUUUAUAAUGGCUGUAGAGAAGUGGAGACAGUACUUGCAGCUCCAAGAAUUCAUCAUUAAAACAGAUCACUAG